AAACAACUAGCGAAGUCUGCUACACUACCAGGACGACCAAAGGCGUCCGGUAGUUCUGACGAAGAGGACGACGACGACGAACUCAAGCUGAUUAAGCCUAAGAAAGUCCCCAGAGUACCCAUAGCUGGGCCGCUGAUGGGAGUCAACAUAAGUCAAGUGAAACUCAAGAAAGUUGAGACCAAAAUGAAAGAGGUCUCAGAUGACGUAGCCUCCAGCUCCUUGCACCAGGAGGACGACGAAUCCAAGAAGGAACUAAUGUUGCCAUCUGGUGGAGAAUUCGGAGUCUUCAAACUGAAGAAAAUCGAGAGGUCUAAAGAAGAUAAGGAGGAAGUUGGAGACGCAGACAAUAGUAACGAGGAAGAGGACAAGACUAAGCCUGCUGGAGAAUUAUUUGGUGUGAAGCUAAAGACGAUACAGAGCAAGGAUGAAGUCAUCAAGCAUGAUGUCGCUGAGAGUAAGAAGGAGGAUGUUGGCGCCACCCAGAAACGACACAAUAAACAGCCUAAAAUCCCGCUGAACAAUAGUGCUCUCCUUAAUCGAUCAGAAAUAAGCUCGCCGAAAACUUCUCCCAUUAACCAGAAGAAAGGUACGACCGAGAGAAAGAAGUCACCUUCACCAAGUAUUCCUCUUUCAAAGAGUGUUCACGCCCUUACGAAGUCAGUUGAAGAAGUUAGUGUGACGAAUGACGAAGCUUUCUGUGAACCAUCAAAAAAAGACGACACUGAGGAAACAAUAACCAAACAUGUCACUAUCCAUCACGCCAAAAGCAUUGAGUUAAAGUAUAGUGACAACGUUGAAAACAUGGAAAGUGACCCGGUAAUGGAGGUGACCUUCAUAGAGAAAGAGGAAAACAUGCCUGAAAUUCAGAUAGAAGAAUAUAACGAUGAUGAAAAACUAGACAUUCCAAGCAACCAAGACCAGGAGGGGCCGGAUGAUUUUGAGACGAUACCCCAAGUGUCCAUCGUGGUGAAGGACGACUCUGACGAGGAACCUGAGUAUGAAGAAUUUGAUGAAGAAUUCCUGAGAAAUAUGAAGCAGGUGGCCUAUGCCUCACUGCCAUUAGAGAAACAGGCCAAAGAUGAUGAUAAUGAUGAAGAGGAUGAAGAAUAUGACUAUGAGGAAUAUAAUGAAGACUUCAGGAAAAAUAUCACGAGUAUUGCAUACAACCCCACCCUUGCUCCUUCCCAACUCCACUCCCCAAUAGUGACAAAGAGCACCCCCUCGCCUAUUCAGUCCACUAGUCAAGCCUCAAUUUCACCAUUACCUCCCAUACCGAGAGAUCCUUCAUCUUCCUCGGAAGACGACGAAGAGCACGCCUACGAAGAGUUUGAUGAAAGUUUUCUGCAACAUGUGAAGUCAUCGUAUAUGAAAACCGCGGGGGAGCCUGCCACAAGUGGAGCCUUAAAGGCUCCCGAAGACGGAGUAACUCCACCUCGGAGUCCCUUCAGAGGGAGGACCAGCACCAACGAAAGCACGACCUCCUCUAAAAGCGACGCUGAAAAUGUGGAAAAGAAGUCGGGCAAGUUCAAGUUCUUCAGGAACAAGCGGUCUGGAAGCAUUGGCUCAGCAGAUAUGAAGGAAGUUGAGGUGCCUAAAGCUUCGAAAGAAAAGAAAAAGAAGGGAAUUACUAUUCCAAAAAUCCUUUCAGGAAAAAAAGGUCGAGAUAAACACAAAAAGUCAUCUGAUGAAACAGAUGCAAAACCUGAGAUGCACAAAGACUCCUAUCAACAGUCCCAUGAAGCUUCAAAGAGUAUUCCUGAAAAGAAACCAGAAACUGUUGAGGGCGAAACUAUCCAAGAUGCAGUGGAAAAAAAAAAUUCUAACGAGAUCAUUCCAGAAAAUGAAACCGAUCAUCCUCGAGGCGACGAAAACAGUGACUUACAAGUAGACAGUUCUCUCUCUAUAGGCUCAGAGCCCACUGAGGAAGUACCUGUUGUGAUGCGCCGAGAUUUGCCACUCCUCAACACAGAGUCACGCUACAGCAGCACUAGCUGGGCGUCCAACAGCUCUAGAGACCACGAUCCAGCUCCCUCAGUGCCGGAGAAAACCAGAGUCAGGGCCAAAUCCCCUAAUCAUGACAUUCCGCAGAGCAACAGACCAGUGACCAACUUUUACCAACCAUCCCAACCACAGGAACAUGAGACCGAGGACAGAAAGCCGGUCGAUGGUUACAUCUCACAGGAGCAGAUUGAUGCUAUUCUAUCAGCUAACGAGACUCGUGAUAAGAAAAGAUUAUCACAGUCUCGUGCUCUGGUUAACUUGCUAACAGUACCUGAUGGUUCCAAGACAGCGGGAAGGAGCGAUAAUGCAGAAGAAUUUAUCUCCAAGCGGCCUUCAUAUGUUUCCAUCAACAGCAUGGAAAGCGAUGAGCCUCUACCUACGACUAAUUUCAUUAGCGGAGACAGACGAUCUUCAAGCUUAGGAAGCCUCAAAGAUCGAUCAAAAUCCUGUGAGUCUGACAGCUCUGGUGAAUUUCAUCAGCAGGUUGAGAACGCCUCCCCAGAGCAGGGGGACACUUCGGCAGUCCCUCUAGGGAAAAAUUCUCGCUUAACCGAGAGUUUUGCUGCUGGAAACCGCAUCAGUCUGACCUCUCCAGAGUUUACAGUCGUGGAAGAGGACGGACCUGGAACUCCAGAUGCUACAAAUAUUUUUUUCCCAGAUGAUAAGGAACAAGAACCGCCUCACUCUUCAGAAGGUAAUAAACCAACAACUCCUAUGGGGGACGAGGAAGAUGAACAAAAAGAUUAUUUUCCUACGGUAGGAAGAGACGUUGAACUUCGGAAGUUACCGGCCAACUUGACACUGCUUGACUCCUCCAGAGAUAAUGUCAGAACGUCUGGCAUCGUCGGCCUAAAGGAGUGCCUGAAGCAAAUGGGAGACGAAGAAGAGGUGAUGGAGGUGAAGACGGGCAUCAGCAGACUGGGUCACAGCGCCGCCGUCGAGAAACUAAAAAAAUCCUUUGAAGAACUUUGAUGAACACGGAAGCACCCAAACAUAAUUGAAUACAAUACUGUAUACUUAUUUUCAGUGAUACAUUCCUAGUCUAUGUUUACCUGAACCCAAUACAUAAGCCUGAAAUAAAUUCCCGACACACCUGCGUGAGAAUAAGUAUUAAGUGCCCCUCUGCUGCUGAGUAACAAACACCGCCACACUCACGCCAGACUCCUGCCUCACCAUAGGACAAGGGCAGACUCCAGUAGCGUAAGGUGUCCCUUUUCCGCUAUCUCCUACCAGUAGUUUCCUUCCUUUACGGAACCAGCGUUAGCCUUGCCUUGUUCUGGAUACUGAAAUCACACCUAUACCUCACCAGGCGUUGUCAUCCGGGAAAGAAUCUCUAAGAAUGUGAUGCCUGUGUAUCGACUGGCCACAGCCUCCUUCUGUUUCAUGAUAUACUUUGUAAUAUUUUUGGUAAUUUUUAUGAGACGUUUGUUUAAUUUUUUCCAUCUAAUAGUGGCUGUUCAUGUAUUGAUAACUCAUUAGGUCAAUUAAAAUGUAAUAUUUAUAAA